CAGAGUGAAAACAACUGUCGGCUGCACGUUGUCAGUGGGUUGUUGUGAUCAUAAUUUGUCCGUUAUCAACAUUUUGUGGCCCUUCAGGACCGCUGUAGUUUUGUGAACUUUCAUAGGUAUCAGGUUGACUUCCAGGAAGCAGCACAAUGAAAAUCAACAUAGAUGGCCUGCUGGUGCUCUUCCCGUAUGACUACAUCUACCCUGAACAGUACUCCUACAUGGUGGAGCUCAAACGGUCACUGGAUGCCAAGGGCCACUGUGUUCUGGAGAUGCCUUCGGGGACAGGAAAGACUGUCUCCCUACUCUCACUUAUUGUGGCAUACCUGAAGACAUCUCCAAAGGAUGUGUGCAAACUCAUCUACUGCUCCAGAACUGUGCCAGAGAUUGAAAAGGUUCUUGAGGAGCUGAGGAAGCUGAUGGAGUAUUAUGAGAAGGAGACAGGGGAACCCCCCAACCUGAUUGGUUUAGCCCUGAGUUCCAGGAAAAAUCUGUGCAUCCAUCCAGAGGCCAGUACACUACAGUUUGGGAAGGAGGUUGAUGGUCGGUGUCACCAGAUGACAGCGUCCUUCGUCAGGGCCAGACAUGAAAGGGACCCAGACGUGCCUGUCUGUGACUUCUAUGAGAGAUUUGAUGCCCUUGGGAGAGAAACCCUACUACCACCUGGGAUCUACAAUUUAGAUGACAUGAAGGAUGUGGGACGAGAGAAGGGCUACUGUCCUUACUUCAUGGCCAGAUAUGCAAUAACCUAUGCCAACAUUGUUGUGUACAGCUACCACUACUUACUGGACCCCAAGAUUGCUGACUUAGUGUCCAAGGAGCUGGCUAAGAACUCUGUGGUGGUGUUUGAUGAGGCUCACAAUAUAGACAAUGUGUGUAUAGACUCCAUGAGUGUGACCAUCAACAGAAGGAUGCUGGAUCGCUGUCAGGCUAAUGUAGAAACUCUCACCAGGACUGUGCAGAGACUAAAGGACACGGAUCAGCAGAGGUUGCGUCAGGAGUACUCCCGGCUGGUGGAGGGACUGAGGGAGGCUAACGUAGCCAGGGAAACAGACGUGGUGCUCUCCAACCCAGUGUUACCAGAUGAGGUAUUACAGGAGGCAGUCCCAGGAAACAUCAGGACUGCAGAGCACUUUGUGGGCUUCCUGAAGAGGUUCAUGGAGUAUCUGAAGUCACGUCUGAGGAUCCAGCAUGUUGUACAGGAGACUCCUGCCUCCUUUCUUAAGGACCUGAAGGAGAAGGUGUGCCUGGACAGGAAACCUCUCAGGUUCUGUUCAGAGAGGCUGAACUCCCUGAUCCGUACCCUGGAGAUCGCAGACUUGACAGAUUUCUCCCCUCUCAUCCUGCUGGCCAACUGCACCCUGGUCAGCACCUAUGAAGGCUUCAUUCUCAUCAUGGAGCCGUUUGACGACCGUACACCCACCAUCUCUAACCCUAUACUCAACUUCAGCUGUAUGGAUGCCUCCAUUGCCAUCAAGCCAGUGUUUGACCGGUUCCAGUCUGUGGUCAUCACGUCAGGGACCCUGUCUCCACUGGACAUGUAUCCCAAGAUCCUGGACUUCAGACCAGUUAACAUGGCUUCCUUCACUAUGACACUGGCUCGACCCUGUAUCUGCCCUAUGAUUGUGGGCCGUGGAAAUGACCAGGUGACGAUGACUUCCAAGUUUGAGUCAAGGGAAGAUGUUGCAAUCAUCAGGAAUUAUGGGAACUUGCUGUUGACGAUGUCAGCUGUGGUUCCAGAUGGUAUUGUGGCCUUCUUCACCAGCUACAGCUACAUGGAGUCUACUGUAGCGGCCUGGUACGAACAGGGUAUCAUUGAAAAUGUCCAGAGAAAUAAACUCCUGUUCAUCGAGACCCAGAGUGCAGCAGAGACCAGCGUGGCUCUGCAGAAGUACCAGGAGGCCUGUGAGAAUGGCAGAGGAGCCAUCCUGCUGUCUGUGGCCAGGGGAAAAGUCUCCGAAGGAAUUGAUUUUGAACACCAUCUGGGCCGUGCAGUGGUCAUGUUUGGGAUUCCCUACGUCUACACACAGAGCAGGAUUCUUAAGGCCAGGUUGGAGUACUUGCGAGAUCAGUUCCAGAUCAGGGAAAAUGACUUCCUAACAUUUGAUGCCAUGAGACAUGCAGCACAGUGUGUUGGAAGAGUUCUGAGAGGGAAGACAGACUAUGGUGUCAUGGUGUUUGCAGACAAGAGGUUUGCUCGUUCUGACAAGCGAGGAAAACUGCCCAAGUGGAUCCAGGAGUACCUGUCUGAUGGCAUGUGUAACCUGACGACAGACGAGGCUGUUCAGGUGUCCAAAAAGUUCCUCAGGCAGAUGGCACAGCCCUUCAGGAGGGAGGACCAGCUGGGCCUGUCCCUGCUGACGUUAGAGCAGCUCCAGACUGAGGAGAUGAAGAAACGGGCUCAGCAGACAGCACAUCAAGCUUUCAUGACAUGACAGUAUAGACACCUAGGAUAGCAAUAUUGUUUUAGUAGCCUUAACAGCCAGGGAGGAUAGUUAAGGCUGUCGUAUUACCUAUACUAAAAACAGACAGCAGUCAUAAAGAAAAUCAGAGGAAAAAGUACCCCAAACUACACCAAGCUGGUAGGACAUGUUGAAGAGAUGUCUUGUAGAGUUAGCAGCCUGGGGUGACAUACUAGUACAUUGUACUGUUUAUUGGUACUGGCAAAUACCAUUAGUUAAUACUGUACUGCCCAGUACUCUGAAAGAUGAAGCAACAGGUGCUGGUACUUUUGGUUGCUGGAAAACAUCCAAAACAUCUUGGCAUCCAUAAUCUCCUUAAGCAUGUAUUUUUAUACUGCAACCUUCUUUAUGGUGGAAGGAUGUUAACAAAUUAAUGCUAAUCGUAACAUUCCAGAAGAUAACUCAAUCUUUGUGCUGCUUGCAUAUCAAACUGAUUAAACAAGUUAUCAUGCAACUUUUGUUGCAUUUAUCAG